UUCAAGAUGGCGGUGGCUGGUUGGUUGACCGAGAGGCUGACUUGAAGGCCCUACAGAGUAAAAAAGGCUGGGAGUCGUCUCCUCCCUGCUUCUCACAGCUCUGGGAGCCCAGCAGAAGUGUUUUUUUUUCUCUCUUAAUGAACAAGUAAACCACACUAAUUGUCAACAUGGGACGGAGAUCUACAUCAUCCACCGAGAGUGGAAAAUUCAUGAACCCUACAGACCAAGCUCGAAAGGAAGCCCGGAAAAGAGAAUUAAAGAAGAACAAAAAACAGCACAUGAUGGUACGAGCUGCAGUUUUGAAGAUGAAGGAUCCCAAACAGAUUAUCCGGGACAUGGAGAAAUUGGAUGAAAUGGAAUUUAACCCAGUGCAACAGCCACAGUUAAAUGAGAAAGUACUGAAAGACAAGCGUAAAAAGCUGCGUGAAACCUUUGAACGUAUUCUACGACUGUAUGAAAAAGAGAAUCCUGAUAUUUACAAAGAACUGAGAAAGCUAGAAGUAGAAUAUGAACAGAAGUGGGCUCAACUUAGCCAGUAUUUUGAUGCUGUCAAGAACGCUCAGCAUGUGGAAGUGGAGAGUAUUCCUUUGCCAGAUAUGCCACAUGCUCCUUCCAACAUUUUGAUCCAGGACAUUCCACUUCCUGGCGCCCAGCCACCCUCCAUCCUUAAGAAAACCUCAGCCUAUGGACCUCCAACUCGGGCAGUUUCUAUCCUUCCUCUUCUUGGACAUGGUGUUCCACGUUUGCCCCCAGGCAGAAAACCUCCUGGCCCUCCCCCUGGUCCACCACCUCCUCAAGUUUUACAAAUGUAUGGCCGUAAAGUGGGCUUUGCCCUAGAUCUUCCGUCUCGUAGGCGAGAUGAAGACAUGUUAUAUAGUCCUGAACUUGCUCAGCGGGGUCGUGAUGAUGAUAUUUCCAGCACCAGUGAAGAUGACGGCUAUCCUGAGGACAUGGAUCAAGAUAAACAUGAUGACAGUACUGAUGACAGUGACACUGACAGAUCAGAUGGAGAAAGUGAGGGGGAUGAAUUUGUACACCGUGAUGAUAAUGAAAGAGACAACAAUGAAGAAAAAAAGUCAGGUCUAAGUGUACGAUUUGCAGAUAUGCCUGCAAAAUCAAGGAAGAAAAAGAAGAACAUGAAGGAGCUGACUCCUCUUCAAGCAAUGAUGCUUCGUAUGGCAGGUCAAGAAAUCCCUGAGGAGGGACGGGAAGUCGAGGAAUUUUCAGAGGAUGAUGAUGAAGAUGGUUCUGAUGACUCUGAAGCAGAAAAGCAAUCACAAAAACAGCAUAAAGAGGAAGCUCAUUCUGAUGGCACAUCUGCUUCUUCACAGCAGCAGGCUCCCCCACAGUCUGUUCCUCCUUCUCAGAUACAAGCACCUCCCAUGCCAGGACCACCUCCUCUUGGACCACCACCUGCUCCACCUUUACAGCCUCCUGGACCACCUACAGGCCUUCCUCCUGGACCACCUCCAGGAGCUCCUCCAUUCCUGAGACCACCUGGAAUGCCAGGACUCCGAGGGCCUUUACCCCGACUUUUACCUCCGGGACCACCACCAGGCCGACCCCCUGGCCCUCCACCAGGUCCACCUGCAGGUCUGCCUCCUGGCCCUCCUCCUCGGGGACCUCCACCAAGGCUACCUCCCCCUGCACCUCCAGGUAUCCCUCCACCCCGUCCCGGCAUGAUGCGCCCACCUUUGGUGCCUCCACUUGGACCUGCCCCCCCUGGGCUUUUCCCACCAGCUCCCUUGCCGAACUUGAUUCAGCGACCCAAGGCGGAUGAUACAAGUGCAGCCACCAUUGAGAAGAAAGCCACAGCAACCAUCAGUGCCAAGCCACAGAUCACUAAUCCCAAGGCAGAGAUUACUCGAUUUGUGCCCACUGCACUGAGAGUACGUCGGGGGAAUAAAGGGGCUACCGCUGCUCCCCAAAGAAAGUCAGAGGAUGAUUCUGCUGUGCCUCUUGCCAAAGCAGCCCCCAAAUCUGGUCCUUCUGUUCCUGUCUCAGUACAAACUAAGGAUGAUGUGUAUGAAGCUUUCAUGAAAGAGAUGGAAGGGCUACUGUGACAGGUUUUGAUGCCAGAACAGGCUUC